AUGUCGCGUGGCGGAUCGAGUAGACAUAGCAAAGCAAUUGGAAUUGACUUAGGCACAACGUAUUCAUGCGUGGGUGUAUUUCAACAUGGUAAAGUUGAAAUCAUCGCCAAUGACCAAGGAAAUCGUACAACACCAUCCUAUGUCGCAUUCACAGAUACAGAACGUUUGAUUGGCGAUGGAGCGAAAAGUCAAGCAGCAAUGAACCCAUCGAAUACAGUUUUCGAUGCGAAACGUUUAAUUGGACGACGUUUUGAUGAUGAAACUGUACAAAAAGAUAUCAAAUUAUGGCCAUUUAAAGUGGUCCAUGGAAAAGACCGUAAACCAUUCAUUGAAGUUCAAUACAAGGGCGAAAGAAAACUUUUUUCUCCCGAAGAAAUCUCUUCGAUGGUAUUAACCAAAAUGAAAGAAACAGCUGAAGCAUUUCUUGGCAUUCCUAUUAAACAAGCCGUUGUCACUGUUCCUGCAUACUUCAAUGAUUCGCAACGACAGGCGACGAAGGAUGCUGGUACAAUAGCUGGUCUCGACGUUCUCCGUAUUAUAAAUGAACCAACAGCGGCGGCACUUGCUUAUGGUCUUGAAAAGAAACUCCAUCGUGAUCAGAAUAUACUCAUUUAUGAUCUGGGUGGCGGUACAUUCGAUGUGUCAGUUUUAACAAUCAGUGGUGGUGAUGUUGGCGGUUCGGUAUUUGAAGUUAAAGCAACUGCUGGAGAUACACAUUUAGGUGGCGAAGAUUUUGAUAAUCGGUUGGUGCAGCAUUUUGUCGAAGAAUUUCGUCGAAAACACGGUAAAGACGUCUCGAAACAUACCAAAGCUGUUCGACGCUUACGCAGUGCAUGCGAACGGGCGAAACGGACACUAUCAUCAUCGACAACGGCGUCAAUCGAAAUAGAUUCACUUUUCGAAGGAAUCGACUUUAAUACACAAAUAAGUCGUGCACGUUUCGAAGAACUCAAUAUGGAUAUGUUUCGUGGGACGAUUGGCCCUGUUGAACAAGCACUUCGUGACGCCAAAUUACAAAAACGUGAUAUUGAAGAAGUGGUUUUAGUUGGUGGUUCGACACGUAUACCUAAAGUUCAACAACUUUUAUCAGAUUUUUUCAACGGAAAACCUUUAAAUAAGAAUAUUAAUCCUGAUGAGGCUGUUGCCUACGGAGCUGCCGUACAAGCUGCUAUUCUAAGAGGUGAUCAAAGUGAAAUGAUUCGAGAUGUACUACUCAUUGAUGUUACACCAUUAUCAAUGGGUAUUGAAACAGCUGGUGGUGUGAUGACAAGAUUGAUUGAACGUAAUCAACGCAUACCGUACAAAAAGGGGCAGACGUUUACAACAUUCGCAGACAAUCAACCAGCAGUAACGAUUCAAGUGUAUGAAGGUGAACGAUCUAUGACAAGAGACAAUCAUCUAUUAGGCAAAUUCGAUUUGGAAGGUAUACCACCGGCACCACGUGGCAUACCGCAGAUUGAAGUGACAUUCGAUUUAGAUGCCAAUGGUAUUCUUCAAGUCACUGCUGAAGACAAAAGUACAGGACGAAAUAAAAGAAUUGAAAUUAAAAAUGAUAAAGGUCGUUUAACACAAGCUGAGAUAGAACGUAUGAUAAACGAUGCUGAAAAAUAUCGUGAAGACGACGAACGUACACGCGAUCGUGUUAAUGCCCGUAAUCAUCUGGAAACGUAUCUGUAUUCAUGUAAACUAGCAGUGGAGAAUUAUAAUGGAACAGCGAUAAGCGAUGCCGAAAAGUCAACAGUGAUCAGUAGUUGUGAAGAAGUGCAAAGAUGGUUAGAUAGAAACCUAUUAGCUGACAAAGAAGAAAUCGAGCAUCAGUAUGCGGAUAUUGAAAGAAAAUGUCAACGUAUUAUGACCAAAAUGCAUAGCGGCGGCGCCGGUGGACAACAACAACAACAACAACAACAAUACAGUCGAAGUCAAAGUACGAGCGCUGGACAUUCCGGUCCACGAGUUGAAGAAGUUGACUGA